AGUUGCACCAAUCGCAGAGCUGGCCGGGCGGAAAAGGAAAGAGAUGUGGGGACGCUAAGAAAUAUGGCGUUCUCCUCGGAAUGUCUGACAGAACCGGUGUUGCAACACCGGAACACGGGUUGGUGAUGCCUGGUGGAAAAUCUUCUUGAAGAUCUGGAUACUAUAUUUGACUGAAAAACUUUUUUAUAGGCAGUAGCCAUGGAAGAAGAUGUAAAGUUGGAAAGUGCCAACGAUGACCCCAAGCCAGGAGCUAAAUUAGACCGAAAUAUUUCUGUCAGCGAGUUUUCCUGCAAUUGCUGUUAUGAUAUAUUGGUGAACCCUACCACUUUGAACUGCGGGCACAGUUUUUGUAGGCACUGUUUGGCCCUGUGGUGGGUUUCAUCAAAGAAGACUGAAUGUCCUGAGUGUCGCAACAAAUGGGAGGGAUUUCCUAAAGUUAACAUUUUGCUAAGAGAUGUAAUAGAAAAACUAUUUCCUGAUGCCAUCAAGGAGAAAUAUGAAGACCUUGAGCAGAACAGUGAAAUUGGCCGAGCCUUGGAGGCCUUCAAUAAAUUUGGAGAUGAACAGAACCAAACGUCUUCCAGAUCAGGACGAACUAAUUUGAACAGAGGAGGAGGAGGAUUCUUUUCAGGGGUGUUGACUGCUUUAACAGGGGUGGCAGUUGUGUUGCUAGUGUAUCACUGGAGCAGUCGAGAGUCUGAACACGACCUCUUGGUUCACAAGCCAGUUUCUAAAUGGACGCCUGAGGAAGUAGUGCUUUGGCUUGAGCAGUUGGGUCCGUGGGCUUCACAUUAUAAAGAACGCUUUUUGUCAGGAAGGGUGAAUGGAAGGCUCCUGCUCACAAUUGCAGAAGAUGAGUUCGCAAAAGAGCCAUACAGCAUAGAGAGUAACAGUCAUAGAAAAGCCAUUAUCAUGGAGCUGGACAGAGUCAAAACCCUGGGAGUCAAACCACCUCAGAAUUUGUGGGAAUAUAAGGCUGUCAACCCUGGAAAAUCACUUUUUUUGUUAUAUGCACUCAAGAGCUCCCCGCGACUCAGCAUGUUAUACAUGUAUUUGUUUGAUUACACAGAUACUUUUUUACCUUUCAUCCAUACAACAUGUCCUCUUAAGGAGGAGAAUGAAGAUGACCUCAUCACGAAGUUUAUAGUUUCUUUAGCAUUAAGUGCAUUGCGUGGCAACUCCAGACAGCGGGAUCUCCAAGAUCCAACGUGGACUCAGUGGCGGGAAUUUCUUGUUAAGUACCUAUUUCUUCCAUAUCAACUUCUUGCUGAGUUUGCUUGGGACUGGCUCGAAGUUCAUUAUUGGACCUCUCGGUUUAUAAUCGUCAAUGCCAUGUUGCUUUCAGUGCUGGAAUUAUUCUCUUUCUGGAGGCUGUGGUCAACAAGCCAACUGAGGUCUUUUCCUCGCCUCAUGUGGGGUCAUUUUUGGAAGAUGUCAACGCAGGGGCUUUUUGUUGCAAUAUUUUGGCCUUUAAUUCCACAAUUUGUUUGCAAUUGUCUGUUCUACUGGGCCCUGUACUUUAACCCAAUCAUCAACAUCGACCUUGUAGUAAAAAAAAUCCGCAGGCUGGAAACGCAAGUAAUGUGAAGGUACUCCUGGCCAGGGUUGUGAGUCACAACACUGAACUAAAAGAAAAAAUUCCUCCGCUUAAUAAAGUCACUGUGUGAUUGGAGAUGUAAUUUCUUUUCAAGGACUUGAGAGAUUGAGGCACUAUCGAGGUCUACACGUUUUCUUUAACUCCCCUUUUUUUUUUUUUUUUUUCCUUUUUUCUUUUUUUUUUAAGAGAAUGGUAGUUGAAAAAUGUGUGAUUUUGCAGCUGAAUUUGAUGUUUGUGAUUUUAUUCAGCACCACUGAAUUAAAGGAUCGUUCGCUAUAAGACUCGUGGAAAUCAAACCCAAGCAAUAAAGGUGGAAAACACCUGUCUGAAUGCUCUAUACCCAUUGAUAUAUUUGCAGUGAUUUAAUGAAAUACAGGGUGUUCUAUAAGAGUGAAGGGCAUGAAAAGUGGAGGUGCUGUCUAUAGUAACCAGCUGGAUCUCGCCUGUCAUUUUUGCAGUUGCAAUAAGGAACUGACAUCUAACUAUUGUGUGCAACAUACGUUUUAUAUUUUUAUCCUCCCAUAAUUUGUGUGGUUUUUCCCAUUUUUUCUAUAGUUAGAUUCUUGCUAACUUGAGAAUUUUUAAUGUAAGUACACUUUAUUUUGCAUAAUUCAUUGACCUACUAUCAAAAAUCAUAUUUUUCUGGUUAAUGUAGCAAUUGGAUCACACAGGUAAACAAUUAACUGGGCCAUUGCUUUUAAAUUGUUUUUUUUUUUUUUUUUUUUUAAUAUAAUUUAUCCUAUAUAUUGUUUACAUUUUAAGCUGCCAAAUUUAAAUUGCAUAACUGUCCCAUUGUUGGAAGUUUUAUCACUUAAUCGGAAAAUUGAAAAGUUACUUUGACAUACAUAAAAAAAAAUAGAGAGCAAGCGGAUACAUUUUUUAAUUCUAAAUAUUACUAGCUUUAGUUAGCUUGUUUAAUGUGUUACUGGCCAGAUCACCAGAU